AUGUCCCUUCUCCACCUAGCGCGACAGGUGCGACACGUCCAUCAGCAUGUACGAGCUUUUGCUGCAAUAUCAUCAAAUUCACCACCACCUCCAAGCUUUACGACAGUCGGGCCUUACCAGGUUUUUGACCGCAAUGUAAAGCAAAUGCAGCGAGACAAGGCCGCCCUGCGUGAAGGAGGUGAACGGAGUCGGACUGUGGACUACGUGAGAGAUGAGGUCGCAGACAGAAUGAUGGAACGGUUUCUGGACAUCAAACGGAAAUUUGGCAUCAUCCUUGACCUUGGGUCUGGCCCAGGGCAUUUCUCCAAGUUACUGGAACUUGACAAAGUCGAAAAAUCUAUCAUGGUUGAUUCUAGUGAGACCACUCUCAACCGCGAUCCGGAUGCAGAGUUUGAGGUUAAGGUUGAACGAGUGCAUGGGGAUGAAGAAAACCUGAUGAAGAUUGUAUCGCCUGACUCUCAAGAAGCAGUUGUGUCGUGUCUGAGUCUUCAUUGGGUUAACGAUUUGCCAGGAGCUCUCGUACAAAUACAAAAAGCUCUCAAACCUGACGGGUUGUUCCUUGGGGCCAUGUUUGGCGGAGAUACGCUAUUUGAGUUAAGGACGUCCUUACAGCUGGCUGAAGUCGAACGUGAAGGUGGAAUAUCACCACACAUUUCGCCCAUGACAGAUACUCGUGACAUCUCUAAUCUCCUUGGUCGAGCGGGCUUCACAAUGCUCACGGUUGACAUCGAUGAAGUGAAAGUGGCCUACCCAAGCAUGUGGGAACUCGUGGAGGAUCUCCAAGAUAUGGGAGAAGGGAAUGUUGUGAUCGGAAGGCGUCACUUCGUACACCGCGAUACACUGGCCGCUGCUUCGGCAAUCUAUAAAGAAAUGUAUGGGACUGGGGACGGAUCUGUCCCUGCGACAUUUCAGGUAAUUUACAUGAUUGGGUGGAAACCUGCACCGAAUCAGCCUAAACCGCUAGAACGAGGCUCCGGACAAGUGAAUUUGAAAGAUGUUUUAUAA